AUGGUUCACGUAGGAUUGAUCCUCGCGCUCGUCGCCUCCUUGCCCCGGACCGUCGCCGAAGGCCCUCGCCAGCAGCUCCAGGCCAGCCUGAACCGAACACACCCGGAACUCCCUCGUCUCAUGCUCUAUCACCAGACGACCCAUGACGCCACUGGUCGGCCCAUCUCGCUCCUCCCGCUGGUCACCAAGCAACACAUUGGCCUCACCCACCUCAUCGUUGGCGCCUUCCACGUCCACGCCAACGGCACGAUCCAUCUCAACGACCAUCCUCCUUGGCACCCACGCUACUCGACCCUAUGGGCCGAGACCCGCAUCCUGCAGUCGCCAUCCACCGCUGGCGGCAGAAGCGGAGGGGUCAAGGUCCUGGGCAUGGUGGGCGGCGCGGCGGCGGGGACCUUUGCGGCGGACACGCUGGACGGGGACGGAGCCGCCGCGGCCGCGUUCGAGGCGUCGUACGCGCUCCUCCACGAGGCGGUGCGGGCGCACACCCUCGACGGCGUCGACCUCGACGUGGAGGAGCCCAUGACGCUGCGGGGCGCCGCACGGCUGGUCCGCCGUCUGCGGGCGGACUUUGGCCCGCGCUUCGUUAUCUCGUUCGCGCCCGUGGCCACGGCCUUGUUGGGGACAGGGGCAGGGGCGGGAGCGGGAACGGGAACGGGAACGGGCCGGCGGGGACGUGGACGGGGGCGCGGAGGAGCGGGGAACCUGAGCGGGUUCGACUACCGCGCGCUGGAGCGGGCGGUGGGGAGGGAGAUUGCGUUCUACAACGCCCAGUUCUACAACGGGUUCGGCGGGAUGGCGGACACGCGCCUCUUCGACGCCAUCGUCGGCGAGGGGUGGGAGCCGGACAGGAUCGUCAUCGGGCAGCUGACGAGCCCCGAGAACGGGGGCGGGUUCGUGGGGCACGAGCGAUUUGCGAGGACAAUCGAGCGGCUGAGGAGGAGGCACGGCGAGAUCGGCGGCGUCGCCGGGUGGGAAUAUUUCAACGCCGUCCCGGGCGGGUCGAGCCGGCCGUGGGAAUGGGCAGAGAGCAUGACGAGGAUCCUCCGGCCUCCCGGGACAGAGCCGGUGUUGAGAAUCACGAGGGAGAUGGCGGAGAGCCUGAGCCGUGCGUGGAUGGUGAGCGCAGCGGAGGGAGGAGGAGGAGGAGCAGGAGGAGGAGCAGGGGGAAUUAGCAGUGCCAGCGGGUUGGGUACAGCGGAGAAACGAGUUGGGCUGGCGCCGAACGUCGAUUACAUGGCCAUGGUGAAUGCAUGA